AUGGAGGAAUCCGACCAGUGCUUAGAAUCUGCACCGAAGCGUAGCCGUUCAGAGCAGAAUAUCGAAGAACUUAAUAACUGGCCAUCAAAUGUUGAUGGCAGCGGUGAUCCCAGUUCCAAAGAAAACGAACAGAGUUCAUCUAUUAGCUGUAGCAUUAGCAGUGGAGCUGAUUGUAUUGACACUAAGGCCAACAGCGCUAGUGUCAGCAUGAAUAAAAACAGUACUGAUAGUGGUUUGGACAUGAUUUUCGGGUCCGAAAUGCUUGAAAAUUUGCUAAACAAGCUUUUGGCAAAUGAAACCCAAAAAAAUGAACACAUCCAGUCAGAAACUUGUGCUGUGAUGCCUGAAAAUACUUCUGUUCCUGAAAAAAAUCUGAACGGAAAUGCUCUUGAAGUUGAAGAAGGCGAUAAGGCUACAGGUUCAAUGUUUGCGAAGAAGCGUCACCUACGCAAUCGUAAUCGUAAUUAUCGUUGUGCCAAAAAACGUUCGUCUUCUUUAUCAUUAUCAUCGUCGCCAUCGUCAUCUACGUCGUCUGUACUUAAAUUCGAUAUCGGUUGGCUGUUUCGUUCAACUGAAGAACAACCAAAGAAGGAAACUGAAGAAAACUUUAGUGACAUUGACAGCUUGCAAUUAUGUGAUAAUGAAUUGUCACCCUGGGAAACAUCAACUGAUUGUGCUCGUGAGGCGGACGAUUCUAUUAACUUCGGUGGUAGCGUAGAGGAAGACGAGUCGCCCUCUCUAAGUGGUAGCAAUAGUUCCUCCUCUAGCUCGACUGACGACGACUCUGAUAAACUGUUCUCGCUUUCUGCACUGCGGUCUGAUCAAUUUUCAGGAUCAUUGAUUUCGCUUUCGGAUUUACAUUCCGAAAAUAAAAAUGAAAUUAAAUCUUUGCUUACAAAACCGAAACCACCAUACAAUUGGAAUUCCACGUAUGAAUUAAUGCGCCGCGAAA